CAGCAAAACGAAGACGGCCACUACUUCUCUUUCACCGAUCCUCUUGCGUUGUCUCGCUCCCCCUCGACCCAACUGUAAACCACCUGAACCUGAAGAUGUUGUGGCUGAAUGCGCUAACCCUUGCUAGGACGAUGUUCUUCUCCAACGAUAUCGUUUUCGAGGGGGACGACAUCCGGUUCGGGACGCCUUGGUGGUUCGUCUAUGCUGGGGCCUCGUGUCUGCUCGUCCUUUUUGCCGGGAUCAUGUCGGGCCUCACGUUGGGUCUCAUGUCGUUGGGCCUCGUGGAGCUCGAGAUCCUCCAGCGCAGUGGCACUUCCACCGAGAAGAAACAAGCCGCCGUUAUUUUACCGGUGGUGCAAAAGCAGCACCAAUUGCUUGUUACUUUGCUUCUGUGUAAUGCUUGCGCGAUGGAGGCCCUUCCCUUAUACCUUGAUAAGAUUUUUCACCCCUUUGUUGCUGUUUUGCUGUCUGUGACUUUUGUUCUGGCUUUUGGAGAGAUUAUACCACAAGCAAUAUGCUCAAGAUAUGGACUCUCUGUGGGUGCGAACUUCGUGUGGCUUGUGCGUAUUCUGAUGAUCAUCUGUUAUCCGAUUGCUUACCCUAUUGGAAAGGUUCUGGAUGCUGUUCUUGGACAUCAUGAUGCUCUGUUUAGACGAGCUCAGUUAAAAGCCCUUGUCUCUAUCCACAGCCAGGAGGCUGGUAAGGGGGGUGAACUCACACAUGAUGAGACAACAAUUAUCAGCGGAGCACUAGAUUUGACUGGAAAGACUGCAGAGGAGGCUAUGACACCUAUUGAAUCAACAUUUUCUUUGGAUGUCAAUUCAAAAUUGGAUUGGGAAGCAAUUGGGAAAAUUCUUGCACGAGGUCAUAGCCGUGUCCCCGUCUAUUCUGGAAAUCAGAAAAACAUUAUUGGUCUCCUACUGGUGAAAAGUCUCCUCACAGUACGAGCAGAAACAGAAACCCCAGUCAGUGCCGUUUCCAUUCGGAGAAUUCCUAGGGUUCCAUCAGAUAUGCCUUUGUAUGAUAUCCUCAAUGAGUUCCAAAAGGGAAGCAGUCAUAUGGCAGCUGUAGUGAAGGUUAAAGGAAAGAGCAAGAACCCUCAAUCUACUGCUGAAGGGGAGAAAUUCAAGGAAGGCAAAGUUGCCAAUGGGAAUUCUCAACUGACUACUCCCUUGCUAACUGACCAUGAUGAGAAAUCGGGGAGAGUUAUCAUUGACAUUGAGAAACAUCCAAGGCCUAUCACAAACGAACACAAUGUUCGACCAAAUGGGACUGCUGCCACAAACAACUUGUGCCAUUUAUCUGAGGAUAUUGAAGAUGGGGAAGUAAUUGGUAUCAUUACCCUGGAGGAUGUUUUUGAAGAACUUCUACAAGAGGAAAUUGUAGAUGAGACGGAUGUUUAUGUUGAUGUACAUAAAAGGAUACGUGUGGCAGCAGCUGCAGCUGCAGUUUAUUCAUCUGUAAUGCGCUCUCCUUCAAAUAGAAAAUUGAUUGGUCAAAAACCUGCUGGAGGUCAAAUUAGGCAAGGGCAAUCCCCAAAGUAGCCUGUGGAGGAUGAUUCACUUGGAAGGAAGUUUUCAGGGAAUCCAGGAUAAGCGGCUUUCAGUCUUUUGAGCUUGGAGAGAGAGAGUUUGAAGUUGGAGGCUUUUAUUUCCACAUUACACCAGCAUGAAUAGUUUGCAAAUAUGUAUAACUUGUUAGGGUUUUACUCUUUUUGUGUCGUAUAUAUUUAUACCGAAACACUCUCAAUCCA